GAACAAAUAAUAUAAGAUUUUGAAAUCAUUUAAUAUAGAUAUUUUAAAUACAAUAACCAAUAACUCUAGAUUUGAUAACAAAAAUUAAAAUCAGUCACUAAAUAACAUUAGAUUAUAAAAACAAAAAAUCCAUUGAGAGUAAAUUAACAUAGAUUUAAUUUUAUCAUAAUACAUAUUAUAAAUAGAGAAAGCUUACAAGAAAGUUUUUGCGUUUACACCAAGUAAAAGAAAAUUUUUAAGAAUGUCGGAGUCCGUCAACUCUUCAUCUGCUUCCAAUCAUUUCGACGGCCAGUUGUCAGCUUUGCGAGAGGCCAACGUGCAGUUAGGAUUCCGGAUAAGGACAAAAGUCCAGGAAAUGGAAGAAUUCAACAAGAAAACAACCACCUCCAAAGAUGAGCUCAUAGCUUCCAUAACUUGCAUUGGCAAGUGCAUUGACAGUCUUGAGAGGGCUUUGUUUAAAAAUAGGGUGGUGAUAAAUAAUAAAGUGAAUCCACCUAUGUUGGUUAGAAUAUCUAAAGAUAUGACCAAUGAUACACUAAGGUCAAAUGCCAAGCUCUUCAUGGACCAUUUCAAGAAACAUACCCUCCAGUACUUUUCUAAUGCUUUCUUCCCUCCUGUUACUGCACCAGAUGGUGAUGUUGUGCCCAAGUUUGCUAUCUUCAGGUCUCAUCUGGAAAAAUGCGAGUCUCUCUUUGACCAGGUCAUGAUGGAAGGUUAUGAUUGCAACUUGCAAGACAUCUAGCUGAAGAUGAUGAAGCUUCUAACUAGCUUACCUUACAGUGGCAGAGCCAAGAUUGUUAUUCAUAAGGGUCGUUUUAUUAAUAUAAUUAUAAUAAUAUUAAAUUAUUUAUCUUAUAAAAAUUAUUAAUAUGAAUAUUAUAACUAAAAAUAAUAUCAGUUUGUUAUAAA